AUGAAGACAUAAUUUAUUCUUCCUAUAAUAGUUAUAGGGUCUAUGGGGCAAGAAAAUGCAAAACCCUUGAUACAGGAUUCAAAAUUAUCCCACGAUCCUAAACUGAUUUUCACUUGGGAUUGCAAAACCUAAGCCUGUCUAUGAAGGAAAAAACUCCAUGGCUAAUAACCCAUGAAUUAGAUCAAAAAUCAUUCUCAGCCAGUCGAUAUGAAGUGACCCUUUUCUCUAGCUUCAAGAUAUUAGUGUAUUCGUCAAUUCUUUUGAUCAUGGUUGCUGCUCAUUAUCAUGUACCACUACUGUUGGAGUCUCAUUCAAACCAAUGGUCCAUUUGUUGCUCAUUUUGACAUUCUGUAUCUUAAUUUAAUGUUAACUAAUGUUCUUGAUCUUCCUUGGGUGGUGCCUCGUGGUGUUCGGGGAACAUGGAUGGAUCUCAUCAUAUCUGCAGUGUUAGCUGGGCUUGCGUUUAUGUUUUCAUCAAGCAUCCUGCUACAGAUCUUGGCUUGUGCCCUAUAUAACAAUUGGUGGCCUCUGUUAUCAGCUUUGAUGUAUGUGCUUGUUCCAAUGCCUUGUUUAUUUUUCGGAGGUGGGUCGACGCAGUUUUUGACUAGUCGAGAUGGCGGAGGAUGGAUCGGUGCUGCUAAAUUCUUGACGGGAGCAUCAACCGUGGGGAGUUUGGCAAUUCCUAUUAUCCUCAGGCAUGCUCAUAUGAUCGACACAGGAGCCAUGUUCAUAGAAUUCGUUUCGUUCUUCAUUUUCGUUUGCACCGUGUUGUGCUUCCACCGUGUUAGCCUUGAAGAUGAUUGGUGAUCCAUUAGUGAAGCAGAUCAGUGCUACAAUGAAUGUAAAAACUUCCUCCGUUGAAUUUUAAUGCGUGGUCUUCUUAACAGUUGAUUCAAGACGUUGUAUAACAAGAUGAAACUUAGCACUGGAAAAGGGAGAUCGAGCUCGAAAUAUCUUAGUUGUAAAUCAAUCUAAUGUAUGAUAAUAGAAGUGCCCGUUUUCUUCA